AUGGCAUCCACCGCGAAGACAAUCAUCGUCGAGCAUCUUGACCCAGAGCUCGGUCCUUGGUCGGAGCUCGAGUACAAGUGCAUCGCCAAGGAGAGCCAUGAGAGAAGCAGCGAGUUUAUUCUGUCUUGCCUGCCCGACGGAUUCAAGGUUCCAGAAGACCUGGCCAGCAGCCCUGCAUUCAAGGCCGAGCAUCGCGGUGUAGAGGAGCUAUAUGCGGACAGCCGAAACCGAGUCUGCCUGCUGGAUCCCGCGGCCGCAAAGGACUUGUCUCCUGAAGACGGUGACAACUUUGACGUGUUCUUGUUUGGUGGGAUUUUGGGCGACGAUCCCCCAAGAGAUCGCACUUCGGAGCUCAGAAAGAAGGGCUUCGAAGGACGCCGUCUAGGCCCCAAGCAAAUGACCACGGAUACUGCCGUUCGCGUGACGAGGAUUGUGGUUCAGGACAAGAUCGCCCUCGACAAGAUUGAGUACCUCGACUUCCCCGAGCUCAAAUUCAACAAGUACGAAAGCACAGAGAUGCCUUUUCGCUAUGUCAAGGGCUCAGAUGGAGAGCCCAUCAUGCCAGAGGGCAUGAAGGAGCUGAUACGAAGAGAUGCCGAUAAGGCGGUUGAUGAUUUGAUUUGA